ACUUCAUUUGUGGGUUUUAUUAAUAGCAGCAAAAAAUAAGUCAUUUUCCCAACUUUCCCAAGAGUUUUUCCCCUUUAAGGAGUCUUGUUCAUAGAGAACCAAAAUUAUGACUUAAUUUGUGGAAAUAUAUUUCUAUAUGUAUCACAAAUUUCUUAAUAAGUUUUGAGGGGAUAAUAUCCAAUCAUAUUCCUAAUUAUCUUAUCUUUAUUUUCCUAUAUAAAAUAUAAAUAUAUAGUUCGACUAUAUAUUAUUAUAAAUGAUACCCAAUAGUUUAGGAGUAAUAUUUUCAUAUUAGUGUUAUUAGUUAUAUUAUUAUGGAGCUCUAUUGGUUGGAGAAAGCUUUUAUGAUGCCUGUUAGACGCCUCUGCCGCAGAUUUACUGCUCGUCUUCGUUUUCGCAAGCGUGGGAUAUUAAUACUUAGCCAAGAAGUACAAGCUUGUGAGUAUGAAGAUGUUCAAAUCAUGUGGGAGAUGUUAAAGAAAACAGAGUCAAUUCCUGGAAGCACUCCUUCCCCUAAAUGGCUCAAGAAGAAACCGAUUCGAAAAGCCUUGGCUUGGACUCGAUGGGGAACAUGCUUCAGCCACAAGUUCUAGUCGAACCACUUUGGACUUUGGUAUAAACAUAAGGCUUGUCUAGCCAUCUGAAUUGCAUGUAAAUGAGGACUUUUCUGGGCUGUGUAUCAUAAAUUUGGCUCCUAAAGAUGCUAUUCAUAAAGGAAUGAUCUGGUUCUUAGAGAAUGAACAAAUUGACCUGUUUUUAAAGGUAUAACUUGGUUAAAUUGAUGCUUAAAAAAACAAUGUUUUGACCUACCAAGAUGCCUUAUAGGAAUGGAUCCUUUGUCCAAUUCCAAAGAUAAGUAAUGACUUUCUAGCAAUCCUUCUUGUUACAUAGGGUGUGCUAUGUGCCUUGAGUAAUAAAAGUGCCACAAAAAAUGUUUAUUAUGCAUGGUUGCUUUUGUAAGAUCACAAUUGUGACUCAGUUGUGUACCUUUGAAUUUUUAUGGUAUGUCGUUAAUUUUUCAGGAGCGGUGAUAAAAUAACGUAUAAUAAAAGAUUAUUCGAAUAAA